UCCAGAGAUGUAAAGUCGUGAUGGAACUUCCAAACGCUUGAUCAUAUCACGCUGAAGUUUCAGAACCUGAACGUUUCUACUUCCGGUUCACAUUGACGCAACCUCUGUGUACCCAUCUGGGACUUGCUGUUCUGUCGUGUUCCCUUAUUAUAACCAAACGACCUCCUUCAAAACAUUUUCAUAGAAUGCGACAAAUUACUACUGACUGGAAGCCAACGCAAUCUAAAGCAUCAAGUCAAAGAGCAGAACGUGGAAAAUAAGGAGAGGAAAUCCAGGUCACGGCGAACAACUGAAAAACAAAAUGAAGAGUCCCGCAGAAGUAACUGUAGAAGAUCUUCGCCCUGAGAACCCCGACCCCAUCCACGUUAAACAGGAGGAGGAGUCCGACAUGCUGUGGAUCAAACAGGAGGCGGAGCCAGAGACCCCUGACAUUAAAGAAGAAAAACAAGAAGUUGAAAUCCUCAAGUUUCCAAUGGGUGUCGGUGUGAAGAGCGAAGAAGACGAAGGACCAAGCAAAGAGAGCGGAGCAGCGAACCCUUUGAGCGACGGCUCAUUUCAGCACGUGGCAACAAAAGGAGAGGGACGAUCGCAACCGGAGGGCCUCUCAGCUCCUCUUUCGGACAGCGACGACAUAACGUCACAUUCUUCUGACUUUGAUACUGAUGAGGAGGAGGAUGACUUUGACCAAAAUGCUUCAAACCCCUUAGACAAGUCGUCAUUUAAAAGAGACUCAAAAGAAUGUAUGGUUGGGAAACCUUUUCGCUGCUCGCUUUGUGAUAAAACAUUUCCUUGGAAAAGCAAGUUAAAGGCACACAUACGUACACACACUGGAGAGAAGCCUUUUUCCUGCACAGUUUGUGGUAAAAGAUACUUCACGAAGGCAUAUUUAAAAAUUCACUCAAGGACACACACUGGAGAGAAGCCUUUUGCUUGCACACUUUGUGGUAAAAGAUUCACCAAUCAGGGAAAUUUAAACAAACACACAAGCACACACACUGGAGAGAAGCCUUAUGCCUGCAUGCAUUGUGAUAAAAAGUUCUUCUCAAAGACCGAUUUAAACAUUCACACAAGAAGACACACUGGAGAGAAACCUUUUGCCUGCACACUUUGCGGAAAAAGAUUCACCGAGAAGAGAGUUUUAAACACGCACACAAGCACACACACUGGAGAGAAGCCUUAUGCCUGCACACUUUGUGAUAAAAAAUUCUUCAGGAAGGCAAAUUUAAACAUUCACACAAGAACACACACUGGAGAGAAGCCUUUUGCCUGCACAGUUUGUGGUAAAAGAUUCACCGGGAAGGGAGGUUUAAACAAGCACAGAAGCACACACACUGGAGAGAAGCCUCAUGCCUGCACACUUUGUGAUAAGAAAUACUUCACGAAGGAAAAAUUAGACAUUCACACAAGAACACACACUGGAGAGAAGCCUUUUGCCUGCACAGUUUGUGGUAAACAAUUCGCCCAUAAGGGAGUUUUAAACAAUCACACAAGCACACACACUGGAGAGAGGCCUUUUGCCUGCACAGUUUGUGGUAAAAGAUUCAUCGAGAAGGCAAAAUUAGUAUUUCACACAAGAACACACACUGGGGAGAAGCCUUAUGCCUGCACACUUUGUGAUAAAAAAUACUUCACGAAGGCAAAUUUAAGCAAUCACACUAGAACACACACUGGAGACAAGCCUUUUGCCUGCACACUUUGUGGUAAAAGAUUCACUCAGAAGGUACAAUUAGUAUCGCACACAAGAAACCACACUGGAGAGAAGCCUUUUGCCUGCACACUUUGUGGUAAAAGAUUCACCAAUAAGGGAGUUUUAAACAAGCACACAAGCAUACACACUGGAGAUAAGCCUUAUGCCUGCACACUUUGUGAUAAAAAAUACUCCACGAAGGCAAAUUUAAACAUUCACACAAGAACACACACUGGAGAGAAGCCUUUUGCCUGCACAAUUUGUGGUAAACAAUUCGCCCAUAAGGUAAGUUUAAACAUUCACACAAGCACACACACUGGAAAGAGACCUUUUGCCUGCACAGUUUGUGGUAAAAGAUACAUCGGCAAGGGAGGUUUAAACAGACACACAAAAACACACACUGGAGAGAAGCCAUACGCCUGCACUCUUUGCGAGAAAAGAUUUAGUCAGAACACCAAUUUAGAAAGACAUGUGCAAACACACUGAAAUACAUAAUGAUAUGAAAUGACAAAGAAUGAAAUUAUUUUUCAGGUGCUGUCCUUUUUCACAAGUAUCCAAUGUACAGUAUACAGUGGAAAACACACAGCAAUUUGUAACAAGCAACAAAAGCAAUUUCUACUCUUGCACCCCUCUUUUUAAUAAAAUGCUGUAUUGUA